CAGAGAGGCCACCAAGUACAUCGAGACAGCGCUGGUGAUCGACAAGGCGAUGUUCGAUAAGAGGAACGGAAGUACCAGGAUCGACGUAGUGCAUGAUUCCAUACAGGUGGCGAAUAUUGCCGAUUUGUACUUCAGGACUUUGAACACAAGGGUGUCAGUGGUUUACGUGGAAACUUGGCAAGGAGAGGAUCAAGCUACAAUCAACCCGAACGAAGACAUAGGCAGAGCACUCUCCAAUUUCAACGACUACACAGCCAGGAACCUCUUCAAAGUGGACAAGGACACCACACAACUCCUUACUGGGCAAGUAUUCAUCGGCGGGGAGGCAGGAAUGGCAGUACCCGCCACUGUUUGCACCCCAAAAUCGGUUGGAAUCAGCGUCGAUAUCAACACCUACGAACCCCAUCUGCUAGCUGGAACUAUGGCUCACAUGAUCGGUCAUAACAUCGGUAUGGGUCACGACGAUGGCAGAGAAGAAUGCUUCUGCCGAGACUGGCAUGGUUGUAUCAUGGCGCAAGCGAUAGUAGGGCUUGAUAACGUGCAGCCUUACAAAUUUUCGGAGUGCAGCAAGUCGGACUACAUCGACAGGCUCAGGACUGGAAACGGGAUAUGUCUUCUCAACAAACCCAACGAGCUAACGGAUCACAAGAAUUGCGGAAACGGUAUAGUGGAAGAAGGCGAAGACUGCGACUGUGGCAGCAUAGAGAACUGCCACAAGGUCAACCCGUGCUGUGACCCCAUCACCUGCAAACUAACCAAAGAAGCUCAAUGUGCCUCCGGCUCCUGCUGCGAGGACUGCCGGCUGAUCGAAGACGGCGUUGUUUGCAGGGAAGCCACUAAUGAUUGCGAUCUGCCGGAACACUGUACGGGCAUGUCGGGGGAAUGUCCGGUGGAUGUCUUCAGGAAGAACGGGAGUCCGUGCGGCCAGGACAGCGGAUUCUGCUUCGACGGGGUGUGCCCGACGUUGACAUUACAGUGUGAGCACAUCUGGGGAUACGGUGGAAUUGCUGCUGACGAUCAAUGUUUCGAGCAAUUCAACUCGAAGGGCUCCAUCAACGGGCAUUGCGGCAGAGGAGCCGAUGGCAGAUUCCUGAAAUGCGCUCCUGAAAAUGUCAGGUGCGGUUCUUUGCAGUGUGCACACGGCAGCAGGUAUCCAGUGGUGGCAGGAUUGGAUCAACCUCAGGACCAUUCCAGGACGAUCAUAUCCAUGAAAGGACGCGAAUACGAAUGCAAGGCGACAACCAGUCAAAAAGGUCAGCCAGGAAAAGUAGGCGAAGAUCUUCCUCACUUGGGUUUGGUGAGAGAUGGAACGCCGUGUGGAGAGAACCUCAUUUGCCUUAAUCAAACCUGCAGCAGCAUAUUUCCUCACCUCAAGCAGGACAAAUGCCCUUCCAAUCAACCCAACAUAGAAUGUUCCGAACAUGGGUUCUGUACGAAUCAAAAUAAAUGCUACUGCGAAGUGGGUUGGACUGGUACCGAUUGCUCAAUACAAUUAGAAGUGACCGUUGCUCCACCACUGCCAACUCCACCAUCCGAUAUAUCUCCGACCAAUCUACAAGAACACAUGAGGAAAAAAGAAACCCCCUACGGUGCCCACGAAAAGGGUAACCUGAGCACGCUAGCCAUGGUUUUCAUCUUGGUAGGCGUGGUGAAGGGCGUCUUCAUUUGUUUCGCAGUAGUAGCCGUCUGUUACAGGAAGACGACUGUUAGGAAAUACGAAAAGGCGUACAAACAACCUAUUCAGAAAAACUACAUGCUCUCGGCGGGAAAUCACUCUCAAGAGGACAGUUUAGAUAAUGCUAACAAGAUUCUAACGCUCGGUCCUGGCAGUGUUACAUCCUUCUGUCGAGCUGAUUCCCAGAGGGUGCUAUUCAGACCUGCAAACCAUAUGGGUUCUGGAGGAUCAUCACAUUUCCAAGACAAAUUACAGCAGCUGAAGAGAAUUGGAGUAGGUUCAGCAAGUGAAGAUGAUCAAACGAUAUCAGGCGAGGACGAAACUGUUUCCUUCAUCGACCUCCAGCACAACAACCUCAAACUACCCGAGAAGAAGGGCAUCCUCAAGAAGCACGACUACGGCCUGAUGAUGGGCGAUGGUAAAGAAACAUGGGCGGACGGCUCACCAGCAGAAGAGCUAGCCGACGCUGGCAUGGCUCAGCUGAUGACCGGUUCAGGGGCUCAGGACGUCGAACGGACGCUGAAGACGCUCAACGGGUACCACGAUGACAUCAUCAAGGCGCUGAGGAACGCCGCCUCUCAUCGCGGUACGACGACGCCUAGCGGCAGUACCGGCGCUCUCAGCGAGGAGCUGUUGCGGAGGAGUUUGGCGCAGUGUGCUGAGAGCUACUCGGAUUACAAGAGGAGCGGGAGUAAAGAGGAUAUAUGCGAGCAACAGGUGGUGAUAGAACACGAAGAAGAAGACGAAGACGACGUGCUGCCCGUCGGUCCCCUUCGGAUUCGCAACCUGGAGGACCUCAUCAGGCAGCUACAGCAUCACUCGCGGCACAUGAGCCCGAGCGGCUCCGAGGACAUCCGAAUGUCCGAAACCGAAGCCGAUCGGCAUUAUCGACAGGAGUCCUCCUCGGCUUGCAGCGAGAGCUCCCACCAAUCGCACAGGGACGCUCGAUUCGUCUACGGUCGCUACAGGCAACCAACUGGUCGAAUGCCUUAUCCCCAUCCCUUGAGCCACCAUCAGGCCGAGGAGGAGAGUAUUUAUGAAUCGGCUGACCAUGAUAGAGGGGCACCUUGUGGAGAUAUCCCUGACAGUGAAAGUGAUGAAUUUAUUCAAGCUCAACAACAGCUAGCCCGUUGGGCCAGUGAGGAUGCGGUGGGGCAGACGACUGCCAGCGCAAGCGUCAGCGGCGUCGCUGUCAGCGUCGUGCCCCGCGAGUACUACCCUUCGCCGAGCAGCUCCACCAGCGAGGAGCCGCCCAGCAUCGCGCGGGCGCCCGCGCAUGCACCCGGCGCACUCCUGCCCCAGCAUCCCGACCACGCCACCAUCCACAGGCCGAAGAGGUAUCCGGAAUAUAAACACUGAUAGUGACUGAACGCCGCUGGCGUGGCGACACGGUCGACGUUUGAGCCGUGUUCGACGUAUACGCGUGCGCGGUUCCACGGUAGGGGGCGGGGCUUGACGUUGCCGAGGCGGUUGAGCGUUCAGUCGGACGAGAACAGGAUGUGAGAUCGGCGAGCAACUGGUCGGACGGAAGGCUGAACGGGCGAUCGCCUUUCUGCGUUCAGAGUUCGGUCCGACCAGCGAGAGUUGAGCAGUCGGACCGAAGACUGAACGCUUGUUGACCGCCAUUGUGCGAUCAGGGUUCGGUCCGACCAGCGAGAGCUGAACAGUCGGACCGAAGACUGAACGCUUGAUGACCGCCAUUGUUCGUAAAGGGUUCGGUCCGACCAGCGAGAGCUGAACAGUCGGACCGAAGACUGAACGCUUGAUGACCGCCAUUGUGCUUUAAGGGUUCGGUCCGACCUGGUGCCCGAUUCUCGAAUCCGUUGGAAUUUGUUUCCAUGUGGAAAAACACGAUAUUUCCCAUGGAAAUUUGAGAUGAUUUUUUCUUGAAAUAUUGUAUGGGAAACCAUUCUUACACACAUUUCAAGAGAACUGCUUCCCACGGUAAUUUGGAAGUGGCUGAAAUACUCGCUACGAGACUAGGUUAGGUUAGGUUCGAUGUGAGUGGGGCGAAUACCUUCCCUCCACUGCGACCCCAGAUAGGUCCAUUGUGGCUCACCCCUAGAGGUUACAGUUCACCGUACAAUCCACAUCUUUUUACAUAGUUCAUGGUUGAAUUGGGUGAGAUUUGUCUGAAAUCGAUAGGUUCUAAAUUGGUGAAGCCAAAUGUGCCGAAACUUAGUCAUUCUAAGCUAGAGCAUGAACAUAAAAUGUGUUCAGCCGUUCCGUCUUCCACACAACAGAACCGACAGUCCGUUUGUUGGUUCAGACCCAUCCUUCCCAGGUGGUAUCUUAGACGACAGUGUCCCGUAAGCAGUCCAGUCAGAAUUCGCAGGUUACCCCUGCUCCAUUCUAGGAUCUGCCUGGUUAUUUUUUCUGAUGGUUCAGGCAGGAACGCCUUCGAAUGGGUUAAUCCUGGUAAUUCAGACCAGUACGUGAGUGUUUUUCCCUCCGCCCAGCCCGAGAUAGUUGUUUCCGACACACUUGCGGUGACUCCAAAAUAUGGUUCUGGUCCUGCUACGAGACUAAGAAGAAGGUUUCUGUCUAGAAGGGACCCAUUUGAGUGUUUGUCUGCUGUACAAUUCAUUAAAGUUUUUCGUUUGUCCAAAGACAUUACUAGAAAAUUGAUAGGUACUUUAUAAUCCCUCAAGUGAAUUGGGGGUGAAAUUUUCCUUCUCAAGUCCUCAAAGCCCUCCAUUAUUUCUAUUAAAAGUCUCUUUUGCUCUUUGCUAGUACUAUCACCUCGUGGUUUUUCAAUAUUAUUGUUUGUAUCCAUAUCCAUUUGGAUCAAAGGACAUAUAGUAAAUAUACAAUAUUACACAAUAAUCUCACCGUCGCAAAAUCAUAUUAUGAUAUAACUUCAAAAUUAGUCAAAAUCGAAAUGUCAACAUUUCAUUUUAGUCAUCCACCAAUUACCAACAUGAAUUCCACCUAUUUCAUUGGUGAAUUCUUGUAAGCUCAAGAAACUAUCUGCGACAUACGGCACUUUUUCAAUACCCUGGGAAAAAUGAUUCCAUCUGGUUCAAGAAUAGGUUUCAUGACAAAUUCUUAUCUCCUAUGUGAACUGAACGCAUUGUAUCAUUCUCCUAUAGGAUCGAACUCCUACAGAUUCGAGAAUCGGGCCCCUGUGCGAGGUGAACGGUCCGACCGAAGACUAAACGCUGGAUGAUCGAGAUCUAUCAAUAUUGUGCGUUUAGGGUUCGGUCCGACCAGGGACAGAUGGAAGGUCGGACCGAAUACUAAACGCUUCAUAAUCACGAUGCCUAGCGGGAAGUAUGGUUGAAUCCAGAUGAUCGGGUUUUAUUUAAUGAUCACGAGCUCUGUCAUUCAAUGAAGUUGACCUCAACAAACUGUAAAGUAACCUAUCGCCCUUCAAACAGAGCUCGUCAUCAUUUCACUAUACCAGAUCUUGCAAAAAUUAGAUUAUGUUGAGCAGAAGAAUGAGCGACGUUUAACAGGACUAGAAACCAAUUCGAUAAUACUUGUUCACGCCGUGUAGAUAGAAAAAUCGAAACUUUGUUCGAAACUGUAAAUGAGAAUGGAAACUCGCAGGCACUGAGGGCAUAUUGAUAGUAUGAGUAGACAGUAUCAUUGAAUAUGAAUUUGUUCAAUUCAAAAUUUCGAAUGCUUCCAAUAAUAUGGACCGAAUUAUUCCAUUUCAAGAUGCGAUCAGGUGAGUUUACCCAACAUUAAAUUUGUCUAAUCUAUUAGCCGAUAUUCAAUAACAUGCUCAGUAGUUAUUUUGAAGUCAGUGAUCUCACUCUAGUAGUAUUGAAAAGAUCUAGUUACCAAAAAUAUACCAAAGCUUAGAGACAUUAUAUCUCACUGUUCAUUAGUUAUCACACGUUACCGUUGAUUGAUCGUCUGGGGAGUUUUCAUCUUCUCUGUGGUUAUUGAUUGAUUGAAAGAAGAACUUCAAACCCAAACAUGUUUCCAUAUGUUUUCGUACGAAGGAAUGCUCAGUUCGCCUCAAGAAUCAAAAGGAGAUAAUUUCGAACGAAUAAUAGAUGUUGUAAAUAUUAGGAUGUUUAAAAGUGCCAAAUUAACUACGUUAUACGUACCUACGCUGAAACUGUGAAGUGGUUAUUCGUUGUGCAUCAAAGAUGACUGUAGUAUCCUGACAAUAUAUCGACGCUUCGAUACGAUGCAGGUUAUACUAUCCGUUAGACAGGAAUUUGUUUCGGAAUUUCCGCCCGCCUCAUCAUCAGAUCAUUGUAAAGACUGACGACAUUCGGACUACCGUGAUUCCUAUUCGGAGUGAUACAAACAUAUAGACGUAUUGAGUGUUGUGCAGUCGAUUAAGCGACUGACUUUUAUAGCUGUUGAUUUGUUUGAAAAUAUAUAAUUGAUGCUGUGCGAGAUGAUGUGUGGUCAUGGCCGAACAUAUCUAUCUAGAAUAAAUGAGAAACCUCAUUGGCCUGAUUGCUAUGAUGUCAUACUCCAUAUUCACAACGAAGGAGAAGUUCUUUUUCCCCAAUGACCUUUGCGAAACUCUGAUACACUAUGGAGAAACUUUAAACUAGAGAAAUUUAACGGUUCUGUUCAAAUGGUAUCACAUAAGCAGCAAAGCGGAUGGAAUCGAAGCCAACUAGGUUUUUCAUUCAAUGGUUUGAUCUCCUAAAAUAAAACAGUUAGGAUCAUCUACUUAUAUGUAUGACAUAAAAUGUGUUAUCCAUGUUAGGUCGCCAAUACCAUGCAUCGUCUGUAAAACGCACUAGUCAAGUCUUUGCAAAACCAGGAAGAGAAUUAAGUUCAUCUUUCGCUGUCAAUAUUUUCAUAGCCUGAGGCUGAAGUAAAACAAUUCAAUAAUCGAAAAUUUCAUAUUACUGUAAUAUUUUCUAUAUCGAAAAUCCAUUGUGACGUAUUGUUUGGUUCCAGCUCAAGUCAAUCUGUAGUAUUUACUGAUAAAAAUAUUGACGAAAAACGAAAAAGACUAGUUCAUUCUCUUCUUGGUGGAGCCCAGACACCGUGCACUUUUUUGGUGCAUGCAUAAUUCUAAAUUCGUGGGUUACGUCACAUUUGAAUAGUCCCGAUUUUGCCUUAGUUGUCAGCACACUCGUUUACCUAGCCAGAAGAAGCCAGUCACUAUAGAGAAAUACGAGUCCUUCAUCGAUUUCGGAGUUUUAUUUUCUGGUGGAUUUCCUAGCUAGACCAGCAAAUCUUUCAGACAUUGUGGUCAAGUGACGUCACCCAUAACACAUGAUAUUUCUUCCUCCUUCAUAUUGAGAAACUACGCUGCUACGAGUAAAGCGAUAGCUUAGUGGUCUAAGUAUCUGACUUCCACGUUGGUGACUGGGGUUCAAUCUCUGCGAGGCGUCAAUUUUUUUUCAGUUUUUUUUUCACUCAAUUAAUUUUUCAAAAAUAUACUUUUCAGGAAAAAGUUCUCGAUGUUUUUGGUGAAAAUAGUUUUUUUCAUGCAAUUUUUUUCCAUACUUAUUCUCAUAUAAGUACCUUGGAUGAAUAUUAGGAAGGAAACACUACAUAUUCGAAAACAAAUUGUCCCUGGACUAGGUAUAAUGUCUUGAUUAUCACUCAGUCCUUUCAUAACGAUCCUCCAAAAAUCGAAAACAUUUGCAAUCGAUGGUUAGCUCAUUUUUUGCUUAAAUGACUGGCUUGAAACUUGAAGGCUUCGAAGACGAACUAUGCUCACCACAUUAUUACGAACUUUUUCGGUGACGGAAAGAUUUUUUAUUGUAGUUUGUAAGUUAGUCACAAAUUCUAUUUAGCGAUAAACUACACAGUGCCGAGUAGGUAUGGCCUAAAUUUCAUCAUUAAAAAGGAUUUCGUUUGUUGAAGUGGGUUCCAACAGAAUUGAUAACAUACCAACAAUCUAAGAAUUCUCCACACACCGAAAUGUAUUUUUCUUAUAGGUAUUGGUACAAAAAUCUGAUUUUCGCUACUAUAUAUACAACUCCUACUGAAAAAACAAUUUCAGAAUAAUUUGAUGUUCUGCUAAAAGUCAGAAUUACAAGGCCAUAUGAUGUAUUGAUCUCGAAUUAUUAAGUUUUUCUCGGAUAUACAGUGAGUAUCAGCCAAAUGGAAUAAAUUCGCAAGGACAAAAAAACAGCACUCACCCAAAAUGAAUAUUUGAUAGUGGCAAGUCAAAACUAGUAUACUAUUUGGGACAAAGAAACAAGUUAUUAAUUACAAAAAUAUUUGUGUUCUUGAGAAAGUACACCUGCCACUAUUAACCUGUUCCAUUGAAUUUCAGAUUGAUAACCUUCAGUGAACACAGCACUUGUCAUCAGACUUAUCCACUUGUCAUUAGUGACUUAUUCACUUGUCAGUAGUGACUUAUUCACUUGUCAGUAGUGACUUAUUAUUGUUCAUUUGCGAUUAGUGACUUAUUCACUUGUCAUUAGUGACUUAUUUACCUGUCAUUAGCUAGGUACUUUGAUUUAUAACAUAUAUCGUUCUCUGAAUCUAUAAAUCACAAAAGGUAAGGGUGGCGACAAAUAUUGAGACACUAGAUACCUGGUGAAUCAAGACCAUGAGCCGAGAAGAACAGUCCAUCAGAUUGAAUUGUAGACUUCUCUUCUUUUCUGUGAUGAAGAUGAAAAAGUGAAAUUUGAAUUAACUCUCAUACUCAUUGAACAUCACUUUCUCCCACAUCGAUACCAUCAUCGGAAGUGGAAAAAAAAGUCCUGUAUAUGUCAAAAAUUACCUACUGUUCUGGGAGAGUUAUGUAUUUCAUUAUCUGCUCCAAAAGAAUAACAGAUCAAGAACUCAACACCCCACAGCUUAGAACGCGGCACACAAACGGAGAAUCUUCACGAAUAUAAUAUCGCAGUUGUUCAGAAGGGCACUUGCAUGACUUGUAAUUGUUCAAAAUACAGGGGUUUGCAACUGAAAUAAUAAAGUUGGUAUUGACCAAAAUGACUAAAAAGUUAUUGUCAAAAAAUAUAAAUCGACCCCGUUUAUCCAUUAUCGAAUUUAUUUCAUUUGGCUGAUAUAUACACACUAUACCUGAUGUCAAAAUAUCUAAUUAUAAUAGAUUUGAAAAAUAUCACUAUAGAUAUAGGUGCUUCUAGUACCUGUAUAAUAUCAUGAUUGAACGUAAUAGGAAUCCGUAAAAAAGGUAGAUGUCAUCAAUUCUGUUUAUCCAUAUUUUGUAAUCAGAAUAAUGUAUAAUAUGCAGCCUUAUCUGCUCAUUUUGAAAAUGAUUCGAAUAAGUUUUAUAAAUCGUUAUAUGAAAAUAUUCGUUUUGGUGAUAAAAAUGUACAGUACCUUUUCAGAGUCGAGGAGGGGUAAGACACGAAAUAGUUUUAGGAACUCAAUACCAUGGAAGCAGGGUACUUCCCAUCUAUUAGCUGUUGAAGGUUACCAUUGGGUUGGAACCCCUACUUCCAUGGCCUCCUCAUUUUGCAAUAUAAAAUACUCAAGUAGGUCGGCUUUUGAAGUUUUCGUAGCUUUUUUCAUACAUAUCAUUCCUCGUUUCUUAGUCAAUCCCAAAUGAACCAUUAUCGGAGAAGAUCUUAGACCUUAGCUUUUCGUUUCAUUGCAUUAGAUGUUAUUAUGGAUAUAACUUAGUAUCAAAGCAAAAACUCGCGAGAACUAGGUGAAUUGUGAUUUUUAUCAAAAAACGGAGCAGAAGAAAUAAAUAUCUUCCAUUUCCUAAAACUAUCAUUUCUCAGUAGAGUUUUCGUAGUAUAGUAUUAUCAAUAAGUACUCAGAUAGAUAAUUAUGCAUCCAGCAUUGUUUUGCUAGUUUCCGAGUUAUUAUCUUAGAUCAAAAUAAUUCAUAGACUCUGUAGGUGGGUACUCAUGUUUGGAUGAUGAUAAAAUCUUUGACUGCUAUCUUUAUGCUAUCCACUUUAUCGCAUCCAAGAGAAAACGAGAACCGUAUAUCCGAAUUAAAAACUUGGUGUUCGUCAAAGCGCCACUCUAAUUAUUUUUCAGCUUGUCCGAUGUAAGUCUGAAUCAAAAUGAUUGUGAAGCACAUGAGCAUUUAGAGAAUAUCCGCUGAUGAAACAUGUAGGCAUAUAUGAUUUGAGCCUAGAACUCCAUUUCACUUCGAUAAUGGUUCAUUAUUCCAUCAAGUUUUCGUGAAUGUAUAUAUAGGUAUAUACAGGGUAUUUGAGAUCACUUUUUCUUUGAUGAAAGUACGAAAUCAUGUCACGUAUUUUAUAUGAUAAGUAAACGAAGAAAUAUAAAGAAGUUGUCGUGAGUACACUUUAUUGAAUUCAAUCAUAGAUUAGUUGAAUGCUUUGAUAAAAUGACAAUUUAUAUUGCAAAAUUGAGUAGACAAUUCCUCACCUCGACGAAACAAUUCUAAAUGCUCAUUUAGGGGAGUUGCAUACACAUAUGAACAUAGUCCAACGCAAGUAGUGUGCAAGUGUAUAUAAAGGUCGAAUGUAUGGUAUAUAGAUAAAUUACCGAAAAAAAUGAUAGACUUUGUUGCUACCUUGAAGAUUAAUUAUUAUUAAACACUAAUAAUGAAAUACAAUAAUUUUAUUUCAGUUGUUUAUCGAAAUGUUGAACGUUGUCCCCACUUUUAUAUCAAAAUUUUUUUCAAUAAGUAAAUAAAUGUCAAUUAUAACGUCCAUAUAAACAUAAGUCCCGAUGUAUAAAUCGGUUAUUUCAACUAACUGACGAAUCAUUCGAUGUCAUAGAACAAUCAUCGGUACAAAUAAAUUAUGCUAACGAUAGAAAAUGAUGAUUAUAAAUAAUCUCGUUAAUAUUUUUUGGCACUGAAUAACAUCAAACAUCAUUCGAGAAGGAACCACAAAGUAGGGAAUUGCUGUUCUAGUAGGUAGGAAAAUGCAAAAUUGAACACGAAUGAAAAACGAUAAUCAUAGGUAUACUCACGAUACUUACACAUCUUCGAAAAACUGAGGUAAACAAUGAUUGCUACUCCAAAGGCAUUUUUCAUAACAAUGGUUGUAGAAUCUCAAAUAACCACUAGAUGACCUAAAAUAGAGUAACUGGAUGGUAUUAGUAGGAAAGAGUUCGGACACAACUAAACUGCUGUCCUUUUCUAUUUUCUAUAUUACAAUGGUUUGAGUGAAUAAAAGAAUAAGACAUAUAUUCUGCUCUUCGUCUUCUCUAUUUUCAGAGCUUAUCUUUUCUGUCAAAUCAAUCAUAGCCGUCAAUAGAAAAUAGAAAUAGGGUAUAUUAACACCCACUUCAAUUUAUAGAGAUACGGCAAAUCUAAAAAUGAGAAGAAUGCAUAUAACAACAUUUUAUAGAUACCUAUAUAACGAAAAUGACAAAAUAGACACAUAUA